AACCAACAAAUUCAUCAUCGAUUUUAUCGGAGAGUUAAAGCCUAAAGGACACCGAUUUCAUUAUCAAGUAGAUUGAUAAGUCAAACUUCAGUCCAAUAUUAGGUUGAUGAAAUUGCAGAAAACUUUAAAAAUUCCAAAACGAAGAUUUUAAUCCUAACAAAAAAUUUACAGGCAACAGCUUUGGGGAUUGUUUGAAUUAUACUUUGAGAUAAAGGUGUUAUCGGAGUCGAGAUUCACACAUAUCAAGCUGGAAUUGAGAAGAAAUUACAGAGUAAUCGGCGGCCAUGAAUUCUCCUAUUGCUCUCAAUCGACACCAUAGCACAAACCCAAUUCCAAUCCUCCAAAACCCCAAACCCUACAAAAGCUACAAAUUUUCUAACGUUAAAUUACCUUGUACAAUCUUCACAAACUCCUUUAAAACUUUCAGUUCUCUGAAUAAUCGCUUCACAGUAAAAUUCCCUUAUAAAACCCGGAAUUUUGAAUUGAAUCGAUUAAGGGCUUCAUCAAAUGAUGCUCAAUCUAUAGCGGGCACUUCUUCUUUUGAUGACCAAAAUGAAGUACGAGAGCCGAGUUUUUUGGAAUUUAUUACUUCAGAGAGAGUCAAAGUAGUUACAUUGCUUGCAUUAGCUUUGGCAUUGUGCAAUGCUGACCGUGUUGUCAUGUCCGUGGCUAUUGUGCCUCUUUCGCUCUCUCAUGGUUGGCGUCAAUCUUUUGCUGGCGUUGUUCAGUCAUCUUUUCUCUGGGGAUACAUGAUAUCACCUAUAGCUGGAGGGACACUGGUGGACUACUAUGGUGGUAAGGUAGUCAUGGCGUGGGGAGUGGCUUUGUGGUCUUUGGCCACCUUCCUUACUCCUUGGGCUGCAGAAACAUCUGUUUUGGCACUGCUUGCCGUGAGAAUGCUGCUUGGCAUCGCAGAAGGUGUAGCGCUUCCUUGUAUGAACAAUAUGAUAGCAAGAUGGUUUCCUCAAACAGAACGCGCAAGGGUUGUAGGACUUGCAAUGGCUGGAUUUCAGCUUGGAAGUGCUAUUGGACUUACACUUUCUCCAAUCCUUAUGUCACAGGGUGGCAUGUCUGGACCAUUUGUAAUAUUCGGAUUAUGUGGCUUUCUCUGGGUGUUAGUUUGGGUAUCUGCAACCUCGAGCACUCCUGAGCAAAGUUCUCAAAUAUCAGCAUAUGAGUUGAGGUACAUACAGAACAAGGUGGCUGUACCCUCUCUCUCGAAGAAUGAAAAGAACACAAGAGAAGUCAUUCCUCCUUUUAGGCGAUUGCUCUCUAAGCUACCAACUUGGUCUCUAAUUGUUGCAAAUUCCAUGCACAGCUGGGGAUUUUUUGUUAUACUUUCAUGGAUGCCAAUUUACUUUAAAACGAUAUAUCAUGUUGACCUCAGAGAAGCUGCAUGGUUUAGUGCUGUUCCAUGGAGCGUGAUGGCUGUAGUAGGCUACUUUGCUGGGUUUUGGUCAGACAUGAUGAUUCAGAGAGGCAUAAGUGUUACUUUGACUCGCAAAAUUAUGCAGUCAAUUGGAUUUAUCGGGCCUGGCAUUGCUCUCAUUGGUUUAACGACAGCAAAAAGUCCGUUACUGGCAUCUGCUUGGCUUACUGUAGCUGUUGGAUUGAAAGCAUUUAGUCACUGUGGCUUCCUAGUGAACCUUCAGGAGAUCGCCCCACAGUACUCUGGUGUUCUACAUGGUAUUUCGAAUACUGCCGGCUCUUUUGCUGCUAUGGUGGGAACGGUUGGUGCUGGGUUCUUCGUCGAACUAGUGGGUUCUUUCAAGGGAUUUUUGUUGCUGACAGCAUUCCUGUAUAUCUCUGCUGCUUUAUUCUGGAAUCUCUUCUCUACAGGUGAGAGGGUCAAUUUUGAUGAAACUGCUUAGUUUUACUCAAAUCUGAUGAUUUCGGUUCAAUCGCGGUCAAGGUUGUGGGGGAAAUUAUAUUUGCAUAUAUAUAGAAGGGCUGUAGAAAUAAUGGUGAUAUAUUGCUUUAGAUAUAUUUUUGUCAACCAAAAAAGUGUAAAUAGAGAACUUCCCAGAACCCAAACAGCAAGAAAAUAAAAGAUUUUGGAUGCAUUGUGCAGUCAAUGGCAUGUAAGAUUAGUUCAUUAAUUUCAGCAAGUAUUAGAGCUAUAAUCCAUUUCUCA